GUGGCCGGGGUUCUGCUCCAGGGAGGCCUGGCCGUGAAGCUAACAUUAAUCAAUAAAAAAAAGCACAGAAAGAGACCGGAAGAGAUGGUUCAUCUUUGUUACGCCGUCGUUUACCUGAAGACUAUCUUCUCCAUCGUCAUCGCCCAGAUACCACCAUCUUGUGUGAUACCUCUCUGGUUCGCGAGCUUCCGUCGCUGUGUCGGGCAUUUAAUAUGGCGCUGUGUCGGGCAUUUAAUAUGGCGCUGUGUAGGGCAUUUAAUAUGGCCUGAGGAUGGCGGGGCAGACGAUGAUGGCAGGCGUGGAAACGCCGGCAACAGAGAGCAGGGAAAUGAGUUGGGAGAGGAGGCAGAAGCGAGAGCAGUAGCAGCAGCAGAAGCGAGAGCAGAAGCAGCAGCAGAAGCGAGAGCAGUAGCAGACGCAGUAGCAGCAGCAGAAGCGAGAGCAGUAGCAGCAGCAGAAGCAAGAGCAGUAGCAGACGCAGUAGCAGCAGCAGAAGCGAGAGCAGUAGCAGUAGCAGUAGCAGCAGCAGCAGCAGCAGCACCACACGCGAGAGCAGUAGCAGCAGCAGAAGCAAGAGGAAAGGCGCCUUAUUUAUGUGGUGAGGGGAGGAGAGGAGUGGGGAUGCCAGGAGGGCCUUCGGGGGAGGGUUGUUCGAGUAGCAGCGGCAUCGGUGGGCCUCGCAAUUCCAAAGUGCGUCCUCGACCGCGGCUCCGCAGAGAAAGGCGCGGCACCCCGACAAGGCCUCGGCUGGCUCUUCGCCACCCGAAGAGGCGGUGCGGCGCAGAAGGCGGCGUAAGCGGGGGAGAGAACGAGAUCUGCGAGUGUGCCGGGGCUCCACAAGCAGAUACGCCAGCGCCCGCAUCUGCUGCCGCGCAAAUCCAACCGGGUCCUGCCGGGCAGCCAGGUGGGAUGGCUCAACAACCGCAGCAAGGCGGAGGGGCACCAGGUGGGGAACCCGCGCCUGACAACCUCCGCCGGGAGGGCGAUCCUACAAACCGGGCGAAGGCAGAAGAGCAGCGGGCGUCGGAAGAGGCAGCCGCCGCAGCCGUUCUCGUCUGGUACGUCCACUGCAAGCAACACCCGUUAUUACCUGCUGUCGGGGCUGCCCUCGAAGACGGCUGCUCCAACUGCGGACUGCCCGGCAAUUGGUUCCUUGACGUCGAGCAGCUUCUUGCGCUGGCUUUCUCGCCCGGUCGGAAGGACGCUAUCAAUGCGCAGCACCCUGUCUGGCAUUCCAUACCGUGCAACCUGACCGAGUGGAUGGCCUUGGACGCACUGGGACGGUUAGUCAAGUCCGGGGACAAGAAGGCUUGCAAAUUGAUCGUUGACAAGAAGAGAGGACGUUUCCAAAAGAUCGUGGAUAUCGUCGGGGAUCACACCUCCAUGGAAUGUCGAGAGCAAGCCGCUGCCAUCAUCUGGCAUCUGGCCAAUCUCAAGGCAAAGGGUCUUCCCCGCAAUGGUGCCGGAGGCCGUCCGUAUGAUCCCCUGCGCAGCGUCACGAGCGCUCGGCUGGCAAAGGUCGCGGUCGCCCUCCUGAGCGCCGUGGUCGGCGGCGAGCCGUCGGCCAAGUUGCAGGAAAACGCGAUGGCUGCACUUCUUCACCUCACUCAUCGCCAUGGCGUCAAGGAGUUCGUCUUCUCCGGGGAAGAGGGCAAAGCCCGCAUAGAGCAACUGGUAGACACUGCCGCCAAAGCAUCGACCAACACCAUCUGCUUGUACGCGCUUUACCUCCUGGGCGUCAUCGUCUACCCGCCCGAAGAAUACGCCAACUACACGGCUCUUGAAUCGCUGACGACCUUCGACGAUCUAGAUAAAUGGAGCAAGAGCCGGAGCUCCCGGCUCGCACCUCGGUGGUACCCGCCGGCGCCGCCGCCGGUGAUGGUUGACGAGGGCGGCCGCCCACCCGCGGAGAGGGAAAAAACGGGCAGUGUCGAGCGCUUAUGGAUUGCGCCGGCGCGCGCCUGCUUUCGGGAGUCGCAAGCGCUUCCGCGCUUGAUUUCCCUGGCUCUCUCUCACGGCAGCUCACGCGAUUCCAAGGAGUUGAUCGCCUUCGUCCUCGAAUCCUAUCACUUGCUGGGAGCUGGCAAUCUCUUCCCCUUCGAAAUCACGGAGCUCACCCGCCUCCUGCAAGUACGCUACUUCACGUCACCUCCGGAGCUUGUUUUCACGGCCAUGUUGACGUGCGAUCUGCUCGUAUCCUGCGUGUAUCAAGCAAACGACGAAAGGCAAGGAGCGUGCGCUGGCCAAUUGCUCAGGAGGUGCGGCAGGACGUUCUACAAAGAUCUGGUCCGUCUUCAGCUCGACUCCUGGGGUUCACCUGAGUUCAAGUUGGCUAGGGAAGGGCGAAGCACCAGGUGGCGGCAGUUCAUGCUCCCCUUCUUAAAUGGUAACAGGCCUUCUCCCAGUGAGGAGCUGCUGGAGCAGGUGUUCAGCGCUCCCGCGAGGUUGAUGGCUUACCUCCUUGCUCAUCACUACAACCUUCUCAAAACGGAGGUUCGAGACGUGUACGAAGACGACAAACGUUAUAGAAAAUCCGAAAACGUUAUAGAAAACAGCGAAGAAAAGCUGUUGGUGGCAGGGACCACGGUCGCCGCGUUUAGAUUGGCGGAUCUUCUAGACGGCGAGAAGGAUGUGCGGACCAAACGCCACGCCUGUACUGCGCUGAAUCGCCUGGCAAGAGACGAGGAGGGGGAUCGGUCUCACUUCGUCCGCCCCGCAUACUGGUGGCAUGUACURAWAAAUCGUGUGGACAAAGCCGGCCUCGCAACGUGGCAGCCGUUCCAAGAACUCGUAGAGUUGAUGGGGGAUAACCUCGAUUAACCGGCUUAGCUCAGUUGGUAAGGCUGGGAAGUGGCGUUCAGGAGGUCUC